AUGGAAUGUGAGGGGGAAUACCCGUAUAGUGACCGUUUCAAUAAACUGCCUGUGUGCGCCAGCCAAUGUGACAAAUGGUGGAACGCUUGCAAGGAGGAUUACACGUGUCACAAAAACUGGUUCACUGACCCUGCCUGGGACGGUAAUGGUAUGAACAUUUGCCCAAAGGACGCGGUGUGUAAGAAAUACACCGAGGUGUACACAUCAGCUGCUGAUUUCUGCAACACCAUUUGGGAUGGCGGAUAUCACGUGGUACCGGACACCGAACCUUGCAUGGAGUUUAGUUUCGAUCCAGCAAAACCAACUCCGAACAUCCCCGUGGCUCGGGCCGCUGCAGAGAAAAAGGCCUCUGUGUCUGAAGCUUCCGGACUGAAAGUGUAUCCUGCGUCAGGGCUUUUUGCUCUAUAUGCUAUUUUCUUACUUAGCAUCGUCUCUACGCUUUUUUACAAGUAG